UCUUCUUCUUCUUCUUCUUCAUCCACCCACUAUUUCCUUCGUCCUCUCACUUUCAUAUUACUUUCAAUUUUCAUUAUCGUCAUUCAAAAUUCAAAAUGAAUUCAUCAGAUUUUCCUGCAAGUAAAUCGCCUAGGAAAGAACUUCAGGGUCCUCGUCCGGCCCCUUUGAAGGUCCGUAAAGAUUCGUACAAGAUCAAGAAACCACCGUUGGCACCACAACCGGUGCAACAACAACCGGUGCAGGUAAGGCCUCCGGUAAUCAUCUACACUGUGUCACCGAAGGUGAUCCACACAAACCCUAGCGACUUCAUGAACCUAGUUCAACGCCUUACAGGCUCAACAUCAUCGUCUUCGGGAUCUUUAUCGCUUCCACCAUCAACAUCCAAUCAUCCAAUAUCCAACGAUACAAGCGGUGCAAUCUCACCAGCAGCAAGGUUUGCUACCAUAGAGAAGACAAAGUCACCAGAAUGGAAAAAGCAACAAAUUAGUGAAGAAAACUUUGGGUUAGUACAAGGCAUAGAGAUGAAUCCAGGGGUUGAAAGGACAAGUUUCUUUCCUGGGAUUUUGUCUCCAGGGCCAACCUCACUGCCUCCAAUAUCACCGAACUUCUUCUCACCGCCAUCUGAUCCAAACUUAUUCAGUUUCUUCCGUGAUUUGAGUCCUGUUCUUCAUGGUAACAGGAAUUUCAUAGAAGGUAGUUUCAUGCCUAGUCCUUCAAGCUUUAACAUUUCACCUUUUUUAAUACAAUCUCCUACUACUCCAUCUAUAGACCUUUUCAACAAUUUCUUUGACCUUUAAAAAUUUUCUUUUUCUCUUGGCAAGAGAUCAAAGAAAUAGAAAUUCUUUUCUCUUUGAUUUGUGAUGUUUGUUAGAGUGUCGAUUGCAUUUUUCUGCAACUUGAAUUCAUGGCGAAAGUGGAGGAAUAAAGUGGAAAUUUAAUGUUUAUUUGGGUAGGUUCGCUGUUGGAAACUUCUUUAAUGGCCUUAGCUUUUUAUUCUUGUUCCAAAUUUAAUUUGGUGGGCCAUCUGACAGAGCAGUUCUGGCUCAAAAAUCCUGUCAU